AUGAGUGGCCGUCGUCUCCGCCACGUCAACGCCGAGCGUAAACUGAAGGAUUGGCGGCACGAGGCGCGGGAACGCCAGCUGGAAAAGACGGCGCAGGACUAUUUGAAGCGACUCGCGAAGGAGAAGAAAAAGCGGCGCGAGGAGGUUGUGGAUUUGGGCGCGGUGCGCAAGGCCAGCCACGCCGCCAUGGCGAGAGUCGCUGAUGCGGUGAAGAGCGGUAUGGAGCGGCACGGUCUGGAUAAGGGGAAGCGGAAGCUGAGCGCGGAGGAGGAGGGAGAGGAGGAGGCGGAGCGGGCGCAGCAUGCGAAGCGCGGAAAACUACUAGGCAUGCUGGAGGAUAUUGAGGAGGGGGAGGACGACGAGGAGGAGGACGAGGAGGAAGGGCAAGAGGAGGAUGAGGAAGAAGAGGAGGAGGAAGAGGAGGAAGAGGAGGAAGAGGAGGAGGAAGAGGAGGAGGAAGACGAGCAGCAUGAGGAGGGAGAGGAGGGCACAGAAAAGGGAGGGGAGGAGGGGAGUGGGAGUGGUUCGAAGGAGGGGAGCGAGGGGAGUGGAGGUGCAGGCAGUGCGGGCAGUGCGGGCAAGGCAGUGGCACCGCUGCACUCGUCUUCGUCUGACGAGGAGCGCGAUGAAGCAUGCCAUGCAAGUCGCUCACCUGCCGCCCACUCCUCGGCACUCCGCCAUCACGAGCCGCAGGCACAGCCGCAGCAGGUGCAGCAGCCGCAGCAGCAGGAGUCCCAAGAACACCAGCAACAGCAGCCGCCGCCACCGCCGCCGCAGACACAGCAGUCAGCAGCAGCAGCGGUAGCAGCAGGCGAGGGUCCCAUCGACCUCUCUCUCUUCCACUCUGCUGCUGAGCUGGAGCCCCUAGGUUUGGAGCGACUAAAGAGGGAGCUGCAGCAGAGGGGGCUCAAAUGCGGUGGCACCUUGAACGAGCGAGCAGCGCGGCUCUUCCUGCUCGCCAGCACGCCUCUGGACCAGCUAGACCCCAAGCACCUGGCUGGGGGGGCCGCUGGUGGUGGUAAAGGCCGCAAGGGCAAAGGCAAGCUGUGA